CUAGAUGUCGAAUCGUUUAGUAUUCUUCGAUUGAGUAUCUAAAAAUGAACAUAUUUUGCGGACUGCUGGCUGCUUUGCUACUCCAGAGUGCAGUUGGACAGCCAGUUAUCGGGCCUGAAGACGAUAGAUUUUUGCGAAACACUGCUGAUCGUGUCAGGGACCAUGGCUAUCCGGCCGAAGUUCAUAUGGUCGAGACAGAGGACAAUUAUGUCAUUGGUAUGUUCCGUAUACCCUAUUCGCACAAACUUCAAAACCAAAAUGAGAAACGGCCGGCUAUACUGCUGCAACACGGCCUGACCUCCUGCUCGGACGCUUGGAUCCUCAGUGGACCGAACGAUGCGCUGGCGUUUCUUUUGGCCGAUGCGGGCUAUGACGUUUGGAUGGGCAAUGCUCGUGGCAAUACCUAUUCCCGCAACAACACCAGACUUUCCACAAACCAUCCCUACUUUUGGAAAUUUAGUUGGCAUGAGAUUGGAGUCAUCGACAUGGCCACAAUGAUCGACCACAUUCUGGAAACCACGGGUGAGAAGGCUAUUCACUACACUGGACACUCUCAAGGCACAACGGUCUUCUUUGUCUUGAUGUCGGAGAGGCCGGAGUACAAUGAGAAGAUCAAAACUGCCCACCUGCUGGCGCCUGUUGCCUUCAUGAGCAACAUGAAGACAAUUUGGGCCAAAUAUACCAGACGGUUCAUUGGCCGGCCCAACACCUUCACGCGGUUGCUUGAUACCACGGAAGUGAUGCACUCAACAUUCUUCCAAGAACUCUACAACAUAUUGUGCACCAAUCACCCGGUCGUCGAAUUCAUGUGCACUAAUAUAUAUUACCUGUUAAAUGGCGAGACCGAUGGCGGCAACAUGAAUAAAACGGUAUCGGCACAGCUUGAAGAAACACACCCCGCCGGUGCCUCAUCUACCCAAGUCCUACAUUAUAUGCAGGAGUAUGAGAGUGGGCGCUUCUGCCAGCUCGAUCACGGCCCGGUGAAGAAUCGCAAAAUGUAUGGACAGGACACGCCCCCUGAUUACGAUGUCAGAAAAAUAACAGCGGAUCUCUACUUCUACUACAGCGAUGCGGACACGUUGGCUGACGUCAUUGAUGUGGAAUACUUGGCAGCGAAGUUACCCAAAAUGCCCACAAUGACUCAUUUUCCCGGCGACAUAAUAACCCAUGGCGAAUUCGCCUGGCAUAUUCGAGUAAAGGAGCUGAUCAACACACCGAUUAUCAGUGCCUGCAAUGCCUACGAGGAAUCGAAUCGAGUUGAUCACUUGGGCGACUAAAUCGAAUUUUGAGCAAACAAUAAACCAAUUGCUAAUCUCGUCGUUAUCGACGCAUCAAAUUUUAGAUUAGGUCAGUUGUGCCAUUAGAAAAUGUCCGAAAAAAUAUCAAUGGCAAAUGGUAUUCACAUAUGGUAUUAUCUACCAGAGUUUUGAAAGAAUUUGAAUUGGAAUAAAGUCAUUAUUCUUAAAGUGAAAUCGACCAAAAAACACUCUUGUCUAAACUAUAUUCACAAAACUACUUUUGUGGAGCCAUGUUAACCAGACUUGGUGUGUCACACUUGGCAAUAAUAUCUUUGGGAAAUCUAAAGGCGCUCUUAGAGAAAUGGCAUUAAAGCUUCUAAUUGAGAGUGGUAUACAAAACUU